AUGCGCGUGCGGACUGCCCGCAACGUGAACAACAGAUUAGAGCGCCCUGGGCCUGUUGCCAUGGAAACGCUGGCCCCGGAGACGGCAGCAGAUUGUAGAACAGAGAGGAUGAAGCUCCAGUGGCCGGUGGUGGGAACCGUCUUCUUCUUCCUGCUCUCGGUGCUUAUGACGUUUGCCUUCAUUUGGCAGUACAGGAUUCCCAAGCUCAGACCAGAGGUGGUCCUGAAGAGACCGGUCCCUGUGGAGAUGUGUCCACGCUUCCCCGAACCGGUGCCACUGACCCACCCCCUCACGCCGGUGCGAGUGGCCCUGGAGAAGCUGGACGUCCUCCUCCGCUCUCGCACAAGUCGCACACUUCCCUCACUCUCGGCUGUGGUGCUGCUCAACGACUCAGUUCUUUGGAACGCUCACUUUGGCAAACGGAACAUCAGUGACUUGUCCUCCCCUGCCCCCGACGAGCACACUGUCUACAGAAUAGCGAGUGUGUCUAAGAUCUUCCCCACCCUGAUGCUGUACAAACUGUGGGAGAAGGGCUCUGUGGGUUCCUUGGACGACCCCCUGGACAAGUACAUGCCCGAGUUCAGCAUCAAAAACCCCCUGGGCUCCGAGGCCAGCGGCAGCAGCUGGAUACCUGGUAGCCCACCCUCCCUCAGCCUGCGCAGGAUGGCUGGACAGCUCUCUGGUUUACCGCGCAGACUCCGCUCCACUAACCUGCUUUGGGACGGGGGCACAGAGGAGGCCCUGCAGCUGCUCCAGGACGAUGUGCUGGUGGCUGACCCCGGGACCAGGUGUCACUACAGUAACGUGGCCUUCUCCCUGUUGGCCCGCGUGCUCUCUCAGCAGGUCGGGCAAGACUUUGAGAGCUGGGUGUCUGAGAACAUCCUGCAGAAGCUCAACAUGGAGGAGACCAGUUUCCAGUGGGAGCCGUCGUCAGGGCGACAGCUGGCAGUGGGCGUGUACAGUAGUGGGCAGCCCGCCCCCCUGUACGACUUGGGAUGGUACCGGCCGGCAGGGCAGAUGUACUCCACCAGUGCAGACAUGGCUAAGCUGACCAUGGCCCUGCUGGGGGUCCCAGGGGCCUCCCUGCUGAGACAGGACACCCUCACCACCAUGCUCACCCCGCUGCUGCGCUGUCACACCGGAUAUUUUGCCAACGCCACAGGCACACCCUGGGAGGUCAGUCGCCUCCUGGGUUACGACGUGCUGCGGAAGGACGGAGACCUGGACGGGUAUGCAGCCACCCUCUCCCUGGUGCCCAGCCUUAAGCUGGGGGUGGUCCUGCUCAUAGCGGGGGUUCGGCCCACAGAGGGAGAUUUGCUGAACCAGGCCUACUCCUACCUCCUCCCCGCUAUUCAGGGCGCAUACAGGGACGCUCCACGCACCCUUCGGGCCCCCCCAGACCCGCAGCCUUAUUUGGGCUUCUUUACCUACAGGAACAUGACUUUCUAUGAGAUCAAAGCAGACUCGUCUGGGGUGCUGCUAAUGCAGCAGUUUGGUCCUCAGGUGAACGCCUCGGUGCCAGCCAAGUACCGCAGCCUCCGCCUGGACUACCUGCAGGCGCGCGUUUUCAGGGUGCUGUUUGACAGCCCGUACCCCUGCAAACUGAAGCUGCACUCUGCCUCUGUGUCUCUGGAGAAUCAGGACAGACAACUCUUUAACUUCUUUGUGUUCAAUAAGAAAGGUCUGUCUCCAGGCUUUGACGCCCCAGCACUCAACACCUACCGUGUGCAGCGCAUCUACGGACGGCCCUUCUUUACAUCCUGA